UCCAUUCUCGGCCAAGACAACGAUCAUGCGCUGCAGCUUAUAGCUCCACCCCCCUCCCAUCAAAAAGGUGCUUCACCACGCUCUCAGCGCAUGCACGCCCGAGCUUUGAGAGGUUCAAAGCCAUUGUGUCUUGCUGUAGGCUUCUCAGCGGCCCCACGGACUGAGUGCUGCCCUCCGUUUGUCGGACACAGACUCACAUAUGGCGACACCCUGAGUCCCUGCUUAUCAUGCUCUGCACGACCGAGGCGCCCGUGCUGGUUCCUGACCAUCCCCUCCGAAAACUCUUCUGGCGAUACGGAACCUGGGCCGCCCGCCAUGUCAACAUCGUCCUGCCUCUGUCGGGCACUGUCAUCUUCUUUUUCCUCUACCUCUUCGCCUUUCUCUACACCACCGAAGCAACCACCAACACCAACGGCGUGCCUCAUCUGCCCCACCAUGUCUGGACUGCUGCUCAGCCCUUAAGCGCCGGUUCUGAUGUUGAGCCCGAUGUUAUCAUGCGCUCCAUCUGGAUCCAUGGUAGUUAUAUGAAGGCCAUCGAUCGAGAUGUCUUGCUCGGGGCUCUCGAGAUACAGGACGAGAUCCUUGGCCCCACGGUCAACUUCAACCCCCGCGAGGCACACGGCCAUCCGUCGCCGCUCGACACGGACGGCGACCUGAGCCGCCAACAGCGGGACUCCUUCCACAUCUCCAACGGCGUAACGAACCAGUCGUGGUUCUUCCACUCGCCGUUGCAGUACUGGGCUGGUUCUGCCGAGAACAUCGCCGCGGACGACGACCUCGUUGCUACCGUGAACGAGAAGAAGACGCAGUCGACCCUCGCCAACACCACGCUGCGGCACUCGAUCGUUUUCAGCGGCAAGCGCUUCGAGGAACGUCGGCUCGUCGCCGCCGAUGCCCUCGUCAUCACCCUCAUUCACAUGCACGACUCUCCCGUCGGCAGACAAUGGGUAGCAAAGGCGGGCGCGCUAGCGCAGAAUUCGAAACAGGACUGCAAGUGGAGGGUUAUCCCUCCCGACGGCAGGAGCCCUUCGAGUCAGCUGUACAAGUUCCAGUUUCAGCCCAUGUCGUCGUACGACUGGGCCAUGCUGACACUGGCCUACUCCCUUGCCUUAGCAAAUCUGUUGCUUCGUCUGUCCAAGCUGCGUGCUGUCAAGUCGAGGCUCGGCCUCAUAGUCACCAUCCUGACACAGAUCGCAGCGUCCAUCGUCUCCAGCUUCACCGUCUGCGCCAUCUUCAAGAUCAAUCUCUCGCGCGUCCCACACUAUGCCUACCCGCUUGUGGUUCUCGCUAUCAGCAUCGAGAAUUCGUUCAGGUUGAUAAAUGCCGUCAUGAUGACCUCCUCGACGAUUAGCACCAGCGACAGGGUAGGGGAAGCCUUUGGUACAACGGCCCACAUCGCCAUUGCCAACCGCGUGCUAAACUCGCUCCUCCUCUACUCUUUGUCCAAGGUCACCUCUCCCGGUGUCUCGGCCUUCUGCACCUUUGUCGCCAUCGCUACCCUCUUUGACUUUCUCUACCUCGCCACCUUCUUCCUCGCAGUCCUUAGCGUUGACGUACGCCAGAGGGAGCUCGUUGAGCUGGAGAAAGCCUCGCUGAGGCGGGCUAGGUUGUCUCAAGGAGGCUUGCGUAGGCAAUCACGGCUCUACGGCGUCUAUCCGUCCCGACUGGGUGACACAACCAUGUCGACGACGAUUGCAGGCUCCAUCGUUGUUCUCGGAUUUGUCCUGAUUGUACAAGCCCACUACAGCUCCGAGGGUGGUCGUCAGUGGCUGAAUCAGCUCUUAAACUUGUCGUGGGGACGGGUUAGGAACCAUUCAAAGCCGUCGCUACUGAUCGACUUCCACCAAGCGAGGAGCCCGACUUCUUGGCUUGGCCUGCAGGACCACGAGACAGCCCAAGAGGUCAUCAAGGCCAUCAAGCCGUGGGCCCACAGCUACAUUGCUCGUGUUUAUGACCCUAUCAUCUUCGUCAUGAAGGGGGCCGACCGCACGCCGCAUACAAAAGAGCCAUUCUUAUUGCCCGCCGUGUACGACUUCAUCCACCACCAGAUUCCUCUGUUUGUCGUUUCGCUCCUGACAACACUGGCGGCGCUGCGCCUGUUCACGAAUUAUCUCAUUAAGGCUCAGUUCGAGCACGGUUACGGGUCUGGCUCCGACGAUGAACACCUCCUGUCGAUGCAGUCUCUGAGCAGAGGGCACACGCUGGACGUUGCCAUGCUGGCUGCAUCACCCAGAGGUCAACUCGUCUCGGUCGGGCUCGACCGAACCAUUCAGAUCUGGGACGUGUCCUCGGGCUCAAGAAGCCGCGUGUUAUCCGACCCUGAUGUGCCGCUUGAGAAUCCGUUCCCUGUUUUGAACCUAGCGCUUGAUGACAGAUCAGGAUUGCUAGCAUUGGUCUCCUGGCAGAGGGUGUUGGUAUGGAAUGUCGAGAAGCAGCAGUGGACAAGAGCCAUAAAUAUCGACCUGGGCGGACACAGGCCAGAGGCCGUGUUCUUCGUCACAGACGCCCCGGGUGCGGUGCCAUCUCUGGUACUGGUCAGGAGAGACGGUAUCGGCCUUGAGGUGCAGGUGAUGACCGGGGAUGUUCGGGAUUUUGCGAUCUGCAGAACGCCUCUGGUUUGGGCGGUGCACUUCACCGCAGGAGCCAAUGCCCAACAGCGAAGUCCUCACCCGGCCAUCCUCACAGCCUCUCGAAGAAGCUGUAUCCAUCUUGUCCGGCAGCAGGACAACGAGUGGUUGUCGGUUGAAGUCAAACUUAAAGGGAAUCCGGGGCCUGGAGCGGUUCACUGUCUGCUCCCGCUUGCAGCUCUUUCCAGAUUCCUGGUCGGCAGGUCCCAUUCCGUCGAUCUUGUCGAUAUGGAUUCAUCAACCAUAAUCCAUACCUUCCAUACGGAGACGAUGCAGCCGCGGACGCUAAAACAGAUCACUCUAAUGCGAAUUCAUCGGACGGGUCUCGCAUCCUUCACACUGUCCUACACCAGCGCCGAGACGGGCGACCUGGUUAUCCACACGUAUCUCCCGGAAACCGGGGAUCAGCAUCAACCCAGACCUCCCUCGAGUCCCCCCGAACUAAUCCCUUUGGAUGCGUGGACAUUGACGAGAGAACAUAUCAAACAUAUCUCAUACCCAGGGGCUUGGGAGGCCCUCCCGUCGGGAAGCAUUGUCGGCGUCCGCAGACAGCAGACGACACCCUUGAGCCCCACAAUAACACCAUCAAGGAUACCUGGGCUGCGGAGGAGAGGUGCAUACGGUACGAUCAUGGACGAUCCUAACCCCACAUCAUCGACGACGACAACAAACGCACAAUCCCAGGCCUGGGAGGCCUGGGUCCUGAAUCUUCGGCCCGGCGCCAAAUCCGAGUUCGAGACUCGCCCGCUCGACGAAGACGCCGAUGUGGACCAGCAACAGCAGCACUUGAUGAUAUCCGAACUGGGGCCUAUGACACGGCUUGGCACGAUGAGUGUUGCCGUUGGCUUUGGAGAUGUCAUCAAGGUGCUGAGCGUGGGCCAUGAACAUUUCGACCGUGCGCGGGGCGGGUCGUUCAGCUUCAGCGACGAGGGGCUGCAAGAGGUCAUGGCGAGUCGGAAGAAGAAGGGUGUGGGUGCUAGCGGGGUGGGAAGGAGUGGUGGCGUUCCCGCGGGGGGGGGGGGCACUGGCCAAGGGGUGAAAUCAGGACCUAGGUAAUGAUGAGUUCAUUGCCUUACGUAGGGAGGGCACUGGACGCUUGGUUCGUGGAAAGUAUACCGCCGUAUAA